AUGUCACAAUAUAUUCCAGCAAUUUCAAAUACUACAAAUAACGAUGAAAACAAUAACACUCUUUCAAUUGGAGGCCCAGAACAUGCAACAACAAAGAGAACUGUAUUAGGUGAAGUUCCAAUAAAUCCUAAAAAGGGCAACAUAAAACCAUCAAUUGAUUUACAAAAUAGUAAAAUACGAUCAAUUAUCAAUAUCACAAGAAAGAGACGUCUACCAAAUGAAAAUGAAGGUGAUAGAGAUCCUCUAACUAAAAAAUUAAAAAUAUAUAAAGACACUGAAUCUAUAGGUGAUGAAACUAAUGAUGAAACUUUAAUUGGUGACAUUGAGGAAAAUGAUAAAGAAAACAAGAAACCAAAUAAACCAAUCAAUUGGAAAGAUCUGGAUACUCUCGAACAAGAUGAUAUUUCAAUGGUUACAGAAUAUUCCAAUGAUAUUUUCCAAUAUCUUUAUGAGAAGGAAAUAAGUAUGGUCCCUACUCAUAAUUAUUUAUUAGAUUCCAAUUCCAAAUAUCAUAUUCGCCCUUCAAUGAGAGCCAUAUUAAUUGAUUGGUUAGUAGAAGUUCAUGAAAAGUUCCAUUAUGCCAAUGAAACUUUAUUCUUAGGAAUCAACAUUAUGGAUAGGUUCCUUUCAUUCAAUAAAGUCACAGUAACUAAAUUACAAUUGCUAGCUGUCACUUCCAUGUUUAUUGCAGCUAAAUUCGAAGAAGUGAAAUUACCAAAAUUAUCAAAUUAUUCAUAUAUUACAGAUGGUGCAGCAUCAAAUAAUGACAUUAAGAAUGCUGAAUUAUACAUUUUGAAAAAUUUAAAUUUUAAUAUAGCAUGGCCAAACCCAAUGAAUUUCCUAAGGAGGAUUUCCAAAGUAGACAAAUACGACUUUCAAACAAGAUUCAUUGGCAAAUUCCUAUUGGAAUAUUUAAUGUGUUCACAUAAAUUUAUUUCUUUGAAAUCAUCAAUGUUAAGUGCCAUAGCCAUGUAUGUGGCAAGAAUGAUAACGUCACCAAAGCUUAAGUGGGAUAAUACUUGCAUUCAUUAUAGUGGAGAUAUUGAUGCUGAAAAUUGUCAGGCUUUUGAGGAAAAUUGUCAAGAAUUAAUUGAAGAAAUUGUUAAUCCAACUAUCACCAUCGAUUCACUUAUAACAAAAUAUAAGAAACCAAAAUUUAACGCCAUUUAUUUUAAAGUUCAUGAUUGGUGUUCAAACUAUCUGAAUAAUGAAAAUGAUAACAGUUUCAAGAAGACUCUGUAA